ACAGGAGCAAAAUAAACACGCGGAUGGAGCUACACGUGAAACUUGCCUUUUUCAUAAAUGUUAAUCUUUAUUCAGCUUGGUUUUAGUAAUUUUUAAAAAGACACCAUGUCGAAUGAUAGCACCGAUAAAGUGCUUUCGAUAGUGGCCAGUAUAAAAAACCAGAACAGCAAUACACCUACAGAAAGUAUAGCUGAAGAAGAAGAGGUUACCGUUAAGAGUGCAGUGAAGAAAGAUGUGAUCGCGGGGAAACCUAAAAGCGGCAGAUUCUGGAAAUCUAAACGGGAAAGAUUUUCUUCUGUUGUCAAAACUAAAGGCAUUAAACCAGAUUUUCAAGCAAAAACAGCACUGCGUCUUGAAUUAAAGAGGACUAAAGAUUUAUCUAAACAAGCACUAGAGCAGAUAAAUCUGAAGAAAUUAGCCCAGAAAGAGAGAAGGAGGGAGAAUAUUAAGAAGACGGAGGAAAACAAGAGGAAGUCUGAAGUGGUCCAGGUCAUCACAAACACCGCCAAACUGAAGAGAAUGCGGAAGAAACAGCUCCGGUUCAUACAGAAGAGAGAUACUAACAAAGAAGUGGAGGCAGCUAAAUAAAUUUUCUUUAUUUCAUUCCUAUUUUGAUUUUUACUUUUUGUCCCCAUUUUAAUAACAAGUAGGUGCCUACCUAAGUGAGAUUAAAAACUAAGUGAGACCAAAAAUGUUAUUAAUAAAACAAAACAUAUGAAAACUCA